GCGGGUAUGGGUCAAAACAAAAACAAAACAUCUUGUGCCGGUUGUUCCUCGUAAGAAACUAACCAAUCGUCUAGAACGUAUAACAAUGGCAGAUGAUUUUACUUCACCGGAUGCUAUUCUGGCGCUGUUGAAUAAAUACGGAACCGGCUUUCGCGAAAAAGAUGACAUUUUCUUUACCGAGGGAAACUUUUAUUUAAAAAAGUUUAUUCGACUCGGUGUGUUGAGUGAUACCGACCGGUUGAACGACGAUGCCGAGAAGCAGGAAAGAACAGAAAUAAUAUGCAACGUUCCAAACUGCUGCUACAGUUGUUCUCUGGUUCAAGACUACGAGUCUCACUACAACUCACAACAUCGGUACACGUGCGGAGAAUGUAAGAAAACACUACCCAGUGGUCACUUGCUGGAUCUCCAUCUAUCGGAAACGCAUGAUUCCUACUUUGCAGCUCAGGUCCAAUCAGGGAAGAGACCUAUGUACGACUGCUUUUUGGAAGAAUGUCCACACAAAAGUCGAGACUCCCUAGAACGUCGGGAUCACUGCAUCAAAGAGCACAAGUUUCCUCACAACUUUCGUUUCGACAAGCAAAUUCCAACUCAAAAGAAAUCUAAACCACAUUCAUCAUAUUCCGAGACAAUAGUGAAUUCAACGGAAAUGGACGUCGAACCGGUGGAUACUGGUAGUUCUUCCAGUGCUGCAAAGUGCACUAAGAAUUUCAACUUUGGUCACUCCAAGGUAAGAUCAUUCAAACCUCAGAAACUCGAUAAGAAGACUGAUAUUUUGGAAAGCAACCGAAUGGUGGUAGAUUUGUUAGAAAGUCUUCCCAAAGACUAAAUAAAUUUCAGAUAAUUUUGUUAAAUGG